AAUCAGUUUGGUAAUAGUUUCAGCACACAACGUUAAAGAGCCACCAUGAAGGUCGUCGUCCUUACUGUCGCUUGCCUGCUGGCCGCUGUCAGCGCCUUGCCCACCGGACAAUUCACGGAACUCGAAGCAGCGCUUAUGACCAGAAACAAUGGGCUGAUCACGGGUCAAAUCAUCCAGCAGAUCGAAGCUUUUGCUCAGUCCCUCCGUGAUGCUGGCUUGGAUCCUCUUAACCUUGAUGAAGAAGUCGAAUAUGCCCUUCCAGUACCUUCCAUCAUGAACCUAAGGGCUGCGCUCAGAGGCUUCCUCUUCAGGGGUGUGAGCAACAUCGUCGUCAACAGGAUGAACUACGCCGUGCUUAACUCCAGGCUGACAUUCAACGUUGAACUACCCGAAAUUGCUUUAAGCAUGGGUCUCGCUGAGUGGAAUGUGAACGUGUUUGACAGGAAUUUCAACGGAAUGAUUAGUGGACGUGUUGCUGUAAAGAACAUUGUGAUUGACGGAGAUGUUCGUAUUAACCUCGGCAUUAUCAGUGGAAUUAGCCUCAGGAGUAUGGAACUGACACUAGACGUCGGCAGUAUCGAAUCAAGACUGAACAUGGCGCUGCAAGGAGUGAACUAUUCUCGUGAUAUCAAUAACUACUUGGGUGUGACUGUUCCUAAAACUUAUAGAGCAUAUCAGACCGACAUCAACCAACUGAUAACCAUCGUUGCCACAGAAGUCGUCGAACAAAUUUUGUAAACUUUGAAAUGCACGACUGCAAAUGUUUAUUACGAAAUGGCAAUGCUUGAUAAAUAAAGAUGCAUUUAGUAAACAUUUG